AUGGGGAUUAAUCAAAGCAAAAACACUGUUUGGAGGUGGGUAAACAAGGGGCCGAUCAGAGCGCAUUCUAGUGCUAUAAAGCCCGAUCUCACAGCCCCAAACAAGUUGUUGCGACUGCGAUUUUCACUAGAGUCAUUGGAAUUCGAUCGCAUUAUGUUGGCUUUGAAGUUUAAGGGUAUGGACAACACCAUUCACAUAGAUGAAAAGUGGUUCUACAUCACAAAUGCAGCAUAUAGAUUUUACCUAACACCGGCAGAGGGAGAUACUCACUGCACAUGCAAGAAUUCGGGGGAAUGCUUAUUUGAUGGGAAGAUUGGAAUCUUCCCAUUAAGAGAACAAGUUCCUGCCAAGAGAAACAGCAAAAACAGACCAGUGGGCACUAUGGAAACUAAGCCUAUUCAGUCCAUGACCAAGGAGGUCAUGAAGGGGUGCUUCAUAAACAAGGACUCAGACCCCAAUUUUAGGGCUGCAGUUACUGCUCAUGGAUUCGAUAUAAGAAUAGUUCAACAACCACCAAACAGUUCGGACACAAAUGUGAACGACUUGGGAUGGUUUAGAGCUAUUCAGAGCAUUCAAACUGAACAUGCGUGCUACAACUGUGAUGACCUUGUGAAGGCAGUUGAGAAAUCUUAUGCACAAUUAUCUCCGCAUACACUAAACAAAGUGUUUCUAAGUUUGCAGUCGUGUAUGGUGGAGAUAAUGAAACAAAGAGGUCAUAAUGCAUAUAAGAUCCCACACAUGGGGAAAGAUGCAUUAAUGAGAGAAAAUCAGCUACCAAGGGAUUUGGAGGUGUCUAUUCAUUUGGUGGAAGAGUGCAUUACCUACUUGACUGAAAAUGCACCAAUGCAUUUGGUGCAAGACCUUGUGGAGAAGUUGGGGUAUCCCUUUCCACAACAAGGGCUACUCAAUGAUUUCCUAGAGUUAGGAAUUUAG